UGAAAAUAAAGAUGGUGCUAAAAAAAUGUUGGCCGAUUGGAAUGUUCUUCGAACAAUUAAAGGGCAUUUAAAGGUGUUCGAGUGUUAAUGCAAAUUGAGAAAAAGAAAAAGAAAAAAGGGCAAAUUUGAAGGAUGAACAACCACCGUAUGACUCUGGAGGCAGCGGCGCAAUUCGGUGAUGGAAUUCAGAUGGUUCUUUCUCGGUGGGCUGCACUGCGGAUGGCCAUCGAAAACGGGUGGGGUGGCCGCGACUCUCUCCAGAAAUCGCAGCAGCUCGGCCACAAUCUCUUCAAUUUCCUCACUCAAUCGAAAAAUCAAGUGUAUAUUGAUGAUGUAGAGGAUAUACUUUAUGAAUUCAUGGACUCUCUCAAUAAUGAGAUUCAGGACGGCAGUUUAGAGGAGGUUGCAGAAAAGUUUAUGGUAAUGCGUGAAGAAUGUUUAGAAGGUCAGUUUGACUCGAUAAAGAAGCUGCGAGAAACAAAUGUUCCAAGUGUUUCGUAUACCAGGCAGCCCAACAGCGAUGACGAGGAAGACAGUGAUGAAGAUGAUGCAAUUAUAGAGAAUAAUAUGUCAGUAAUGGAAGUUGAUGCUCCACAACCACAGCGCCAAUUGGAUCACAAUCUGACUGAUAUUGUGGCGGAUGAAAGUAGCACGAAAGAUACUCCUCAAGUUGUGGAUGGAUGGACUGUUGUUUCAAAAAAGAGUAAAGAGAGAAAGAAGUGAUGGAUUGAUUACAUUGGAUCGAGCCACUUUAGGUAGGAAUAUUUGAGUAUAUG